GUGACACUGAAACCCGACGCUUCCCUGUCUGGAUGUAGAUAAUAAACACACAGAGCCAUUUUUGUUGACAUGUAAAAGCUAGCUCCGUGUUAGCGUGAGUUUACAACACCAAGGCGGAGUGAAAAUCUUUGACAGUUGACUUGAAAGCUGCAGCUGUGAUCUUCUUCAAAUGAUAUCUUAUUUAGCAAUAUCUUUUAUUAUUAGCCUCCUCUCUCGAAUUCAUGGUGGUUGUUGCCAGUGUUAAAUCUAGCUACCCUAGCAGCAGUUACCGCGACAAUCAGUCCACUUGAAACCUUUCGGACUGGGUUUUAUAAAUGCCUACUACCUCGGAAAUGAGCCUGCCACCUGAGUGGGAGGACGACGAGCGGAUGAACUUUAUGUUCUCUGAGUUCAAGGAAAACCGAGAUGUGAACACCACGGACUGGGACAGCAAGAUGGACUUCUGGACAGCUCUGAUCUUCCGGAGCUGCAGACAGUGCGGUUCCGUGCUUGUCAACCUGCAGGACCUCAACAGGACCUUCCAAAGGAAAGAGAAGACCCCACUGGGACUUUCGACUGUACUCCAGACCAUGGCCAGGUGUGGGACGAUCCAAAGAGAGUCGGAGUUUGCUGCCAGUGUGGACUGUGGGUGGGUCUCCUGGAGUGUGGGCAUGCUGCUGGUGAAACCACUGAAGUGGACCUUCUCCACGCUUCUGGGUAGCAAAAGAGUGCCUCUGGAGGAGUCUUUCGUUGUCGUUGAUCUAGUAAAGGAGAAAGCAGCAGAACUACUGAAGGUCUACCAAAGCAGUGAAUUUUCAAGCUGCUCCAUUGUGUCAUUUCAAGAGCUGUGCACUCUCUUCUCUGACAUCUGUGCUGACGAAAGCACCCUGUGCAUGGCUCUGCUGCAGCUUCAAAAGGACAAGCAGGUCAUAGUUUCCCUGCAUGAAGGAGAAAAGAUUGUGAAGUUUUGUCAGCCUGGACAGGAACGUGUGUCUCCAGUAAGUGAUGUAGAUGUCGGGAUCUACCAGCUGCAGCACAGUGAGAAGCUUCUAGGGGAGCGCGUGCAGAAACUGAGCCUGGAGGCGGACAGGUGCAAAGAGGAAGCAAGAAUUCUGCUGCGAGAAGGGAAGAAAUCACAGGCGCUGAGGUGUUUGAGGAGCCAAAAGAGAGUGGAAAAGAGAACAGACAGCUUGUUUGCCAAACUGGAGACCAUCAGGGGUAUCCUGGACCGAAUAGCCCAGUCGCAGACUGAUAAGAUGGUCAUGCAGGCGUACCAGGCUGGGGUGGCUGCUCUGAAGCUGUCACUUAAAGACGUGUCUGUGGAGCGUGCUGAGAGCCUGGUGGAUCAAAUACAGGAGUUAUGUGACACACAAGAUGAAGUGAAUCAAACCAUUUCCAGUGGCGUAACCGCUGCAGAUGAAGACAUGGAUGAGCUGGAGAAGGAGCUGAAAGCUUUGUUGGAUGAGCCACAGGAAGAUGUGAACCCACCAGAUUUACCUGCAUUUCCAACAGACAGCAGGGGUCUCUCUGGUGAGCAGAUCCUCAGUCCUCUGCCCACUGUACCUCACGGCCACUUAAAUACUACCACUGACGUGCUAGAGGAAGAACUGAAUCGGUUAACUUUAUCAGAAACAGGAUUUCCACAGAGGAGGGUAACGCCGCCGGAGAAGAGAUUAGAGGCCGCACAGUGAUUUUCAUCAACAUAUCAAGACAAGGUGCAUCUUUGAAAUGGGUCCGUUUGUUCAAAAUAUGAAUCGGAGGCAACUUAAAAUCAACAUCCGAUUCAAAAUAAGGCACUUUACUUCCUUUUAAUAAAGAAAAAAUACUGAGGAGGCAUGCUAAUUUGGGCUUCACAACAUGUUGCAGAUCUACUUUUUUACUUGCUUGCUGUCAUAAUUUGAAUAACCCUUUGGAAGCUGCUGUUUAUUAAAGCACCAGCUGGAAUGCUUUUAAACCGGUUAAGAGAACUGUCCUAAUGGUUUGCCCUGUGUUUAAUAUACGUGGAUGCUUGUAAUGGCCACACCUAUGCAGUGUGUGAAAGUGGCCUUCUGAAUUAUAAAUAUGACCCUGGGUAACAGAAUGUCAUGCCAAAUGAUUUAUUAUAACCAAGUUUAUUUUUGUUCACCUGUAAGGAUAAAAAUGCCUUCCUUAAGUGAGUUUAAUCAAAUAUGUAUGUCAAAAUAAAAUGUAUUUUAAUCA